CCCAAGACCAAGAAAAACACGGGUCUCAAUAAGCCCCUGUUAUUAAGCCCUUUAUUAAGCACUUUAAUGGGUGGUGAAAAGCAGUUACCAAGACCAGAAAUUGUCAAAAGGCUGUGGAAUUACAUAAAGACAAACCAACUACAAGAUCCGGCAGAUCGUCGCUUUAUCCUAUGUGAUGAAAAAUUGAAACAGUUGUUUCAAAAGGAUAGAGUAAAUAGCUUCGGAAUGAACAAAGAUUUGACUGUCCAUUUGACU